UUUGCUGGUCUUUUAUAAAUUCAAUAGGAAAAAAACCCCAACCCCAAACAGCAACAAGUUUAUCCUGUGAAGCAAUUACACUCAAGUGAGUAUUCAAACUAAUUUCUAUCUUAAAUGUGAACUGUGCUACCUUGCAGGGCUUUUUUUCUCUUCUGCUUUGUAGAAGUUUUUCAGGGUUUCUUCAUAGCAAUGCAGGCAGCCUUCAUAAAAUCCUUCUAACUCGUUUGUGUGGCCUUGGACUUCACAGAAAUCUCUGUGCCUCCCUAAGGCCUGUGGUCUGUUUACAUAGAUAUGAAGUCCUUUAACCCAUCAAGUUUUGCUGUGGGCUUGGAUUUCCUGCUUACAAGCUCUGCUGGAGUCCCUCUAGUCUUCCUGCUGGCAAAAUAAAGGUGUUAACUCAGUUUUUCAGAGCAAUUUGUGAAUGGAAGGCGAUUUCAUUGCUGAAUUUUGUUCAAGCACCGCUCUGCCUAUUGAAUUUAAAAGAGCUUUCCCCUACGUACCCUUACUUGUCUGUUAGGUUUUUUUUUUACUGCUUUAAAAGUUUAAUUGUUUUGGAGCUUGAUGUCCUUUGUAGUAGGGACUCUACAAGUCCAGAAGAACAGGAACUUUAUUCAUAUUUAGGAAGUCCAGAUAAUCUUGAAGAACUUGAAAAAAAAAUAGAUCUGUUGGGAAAUUGCUGAAGGGUUGCCUUUAAGACCAUGCAGGCUCAUAAACGCUGGUUAGCAACAAUAGGUGACAUUUAUUGUGCUGAACCCAAGUGAACUGUUCCAGUGUUAACUUUUGAUUUGUAUUUUUGAAGAAGCAGGGGUGUGCUUUGUGCCUGCACCCUUACCUGUGGGCCAAGCUGCCCUCUGUUCCUAUUCCUGUGAGCCCUUCCUUCAGUGCUGGAGAUGGGUUUUGAGGAGUCCUUGGUGCUCAUGUGUUUUGACUCCGCACCACCCUCCUGUGUGUGCUGGUGCUGCUGUUGGAGCAGCUGGAUGCUGGAACAGAUCAGGGAGCUGAUCUGGAUUAGGAGUAGCCUGGCAAAGAAAUGGUGAUACUUAGCCUGCAUCAGUUUGCCAAACUGGUUUGCUGUUUGGCCACAGGCACAUCAGAGACAGUGUGGUGCAGGGGUGGGAGUAAAUAUUGGUAGCAGCAGUUCUCUAAGCUGGCAUUGCUGCCAAAAGGAAUGCUCAUCUAACUAUACCCUUAAGAGUCUGCUAAGCUUGCUAAAUGUUUUUUACACCUGUUUGUUACAGCUUCCCUUGCCUGAGAACAGUUCCUCCAGCUUACCUUGUUAUUUUUGCCAAAAGCCAUCUCUGAACAUAUAUGCAAAGUAUCAAAAGAGAAGCCCUCUUUAAGAAGCUUUAAGCAGGGCCAACAGAAGAGUGUGGUGGAGUAUGGAAGAGUUUCUGCUGUCUCAAGACUUUCUGAUGAUACAGAACAUGUUCUGUAAAUUGACGAUAGACUGUUUAGUAUGGUUGCAAUUAAGCAGUGAAACUCAUGCUGUGAGAAUCUUGCUGAGGAGCAAGAAUUCAACAAGAGUUAAAAAGUAUCAGAUGUCUUUAAGAAUAUGAAGAAUAUUCAAUUAUCGUAAUCAGUGACAGUAGAAAUUUUGGAAGAGGUAUUAAGCAUGUGGUCUAAACCUUCCUUUUUAUUCUGCCCUAGCAGUUGUGCUUCUAUAUUGGAAAAAGGGAGGGAUGGAAUAGCCUGUUGUGCCUGGGUUUGCUGCAGGGUUCUCACACUCCUCUCUGGAAACUUGAUUGAGAACCAGUGUAUGAGAUGUGCCAUAGGCUUCUGGUUGGAUCCUGGUGAACCAUCCUGAAAUCUGGUCUGAGUUACUAAACUGUGGCUGUGAUGAAGUGAACUGCUGCUUCACAACUUUCUACAUUUUCUUUAUUCCUACUUCUGUGGGUUGUUCUUGCCUGUUCUUUUGCAGAGUUGAGUCUGAGUACUCUGAUUUUGAUCUACUUUGACAACACUUAAUUGAAUUUAUUUUAAAUACUGUUAUGAAAUUGCAGUUAACUGUAUUUGAAGAAUGAAUGUUAUGUCUUUGGAGAGAUCCUUUUUUUCAGACAGGCUUAAAAGCAGAAGUGGGAUUUUCCUUGUUUGGCCUCCUAGAAGAUGCUUGUGGAAUAGGGAAGGGAGAUGAACAGUGGAACUGUAAGGUGGUUGGCCUGUUUGUUUUUUAAAGCCUAAGCAGAAUCAAUGAAAUCCUUUUGCAGGAAGGAAAAAUGGAAGUGCCUUUUACCACUGACAUGAUUUCUUUCAACAAAGAAAGAUGGAGAAAUGUCCUCUAAGAUUUCACUGAAAAUUGGGUGCUGUUGCCUUGAAAACAAUGCUGGUUUUAAGUACUCCUUAGUGGUGCAGUCGAUGGCAUAAAGAGUGGAUGAUACACACAAUAAUUUAGCUGCAUAUGGAAUCGAGGGAGAGCUUGCCGUUUUCUGUGUUGAGUUCAGAGCAGUUGUUGUUCAGGCACAGAUAGCCACACAGCUGCCUGUUCAACUCCUAGCACUGGCAAUUGCUCUGAGCUGGUGUCUUGUUUUCAUGGCUCUUUGGCCUCUUAAGAAAGCAGUGCCGCUGUGUUUCUCCUCCUUGGCUUUCUGGUGGGGCUCUGUCUCAUAGUAGCAGAGCAAGAGAGCUUUAAAUCACUGACCCACCUUGUCACUGGAUGGUCUCCGUGUGCCUGUGGUUGUCCUCUCUGCCUUCUGAACAAAGGGUGCAGAUAUCUGUUUUACCUUAUCAGCAGGGUGGCUGGGGCCCAUGGGCUCUUUUAAAACCAGGGUUGCUUGGAUUUGGUGGCGAACCUGAGAACAGAGCUUGGCUCUUAAUGUGCCUGUGAUUUAUCUAUUUGACCACGUUACUUACGCUCUACAAAUUGCUUUAAGUCUCUGAGUCUGCCUGUGUAUGUUGUGUCAAGCUAUCUUUGCCACCUUUGCAGUGUGUACAGAGUUGUGAAGACCUGAACAAAAAAUCUGGUUUAGUGGUUCACUGAUAAAAACACUGGGCAAGAUAGAGCUGUGCAGGCAAUUUUUCAGGUUGCUCGGAGCUCUGCUUUCUGCAUUUUGCUAAACUGACUUCCUCAGGUGUCUUGAUAUCACUGUUCCACUGCCUGUAAAACGGCAGUGUUUUAUCUAUGUGCCAAUCUGGAUUUGUUUGAGGAUUGAUUAGAAAUGUAUUUGCAGUGUAAUAUAAAACCAAACUGUAGCCUGUUGAGGUGAGCAGCCACAGCCUCAACAGGGACAGCUGGUACAAUGGACAGUUGAGGCAUGUGUAUGGAAAAACUUUCCAGGACUUCUGCUGGUGGAAUGGAAGUUUUCCACCACAUUUUAUAUGUAUGUAUGAGAAGGAAAGUAAAAAACUCCAGGUCAAAAUGAUUUGACAGCUUGUUAGCAAGUAAACACUUUCUUCUGCCUCUUGAAAAUAAUAAUUGUAUAUAUAUAUGCAUAUAUACAAAAAAAAAAUUAACCUUCUUGUGGUUGGGGGAUAGAAGGUUGAAACUGUCAGGCAAAUAGCCACCAUCCAGCAGAAAUGCUUCUGAAUGCUUUAGUGAAAGCCAGCUUUGAUUUGACAGUUAUGAGGCUUUGAAAAUAGCGCUGUGUUUAUACAGCACAGUAAAUACUUUGAAGUGCGUUAGGCUGUGCUGUACAUGCGUGGCUAACUAGAGGAAUAUUAAAUGCCUACAUCUUGUGUCGAGUGAGGGAGGAUCCUGCAGCAAUUGGAAUUGCAUGCUCUUCAUACUUUUAUAAGAUCGUGUCAAAGCAGUAGAUUUGAUAAUAGACCUGAUUAUACAAUUGCUUAAUUUCUUGUCAAAAUAACAUUUUUACAUGCAGUGUUCUGAGAUCUUUGAGGUGACCUCAUGUUAUUUAUCAAAUGUCAGUUUUUCAUCCCAGCAGCUUUGAUAUAAUCAUGUAGCAUCGUGGAGUACUGUGUACAUGCAGUUUUUGCUUGCUGGAGUUCUUUGAAGUGCCUUACUCCUUAGAAGAGUCAUUGCUGUGUGGAAGAGCCUGCAUUUAAGGACUGGCAAGCCAGUAUGGAAUCACUGUACUAUGCCACUGAGGGUCAUGCUGCUGCUCACAUGCCUAAUGUGGGUCUAAAAGCAAAGAAAUGAGAGUUUCAGUGCACCAGGGACAAACACACCCUGGCACACAUUUUACCCAGCAGCAAGCCGUAGGGGAUGUAGUAGCUUCAGCUCUGCUCCCGUGGGAAUGCUGAGUUUGUGGUGUUGAGCUCCCCCGGUGCCUGAGAACAGCAGGAGGGCUCGUGCAAAGGAGCAGAGCAGAGGGAUGGCUGCUGGUGACAGUCCUGAACGAAAACUGGUCUGGCAGGCACUGCUGGAAGGUACUGAUGCUCAGGGGAGCCUUGGAAAAGUGCUUAUUUGGGAGGAGAGAGAGCAGAGAGCUGUAAAGGUGAAGGUUAACAUGAAGGAAGGUGUAUGGCUCGCCCCCAGCAAUUCCGACUGGUGUCAUGUGUCAUGUCCCCUUGCAGCAGAGUGGGGAAUUACUGCUUGCUGUAGCACUGGGUUUUUCUCAGAGGAGCUCUGUCCUGUACUGACCCAUCCCAGCCCCACUUAGCUUAUGAAAACUGACAAGAUUGCAGCCCAAGGAAUUACGCCUGAGGAUUGCUUCUUAUCUUUCAUUCUGGAAGCCUGUUGAAGGGAUGCCGAAAGGGAAGGAAAAAGCACUUGGGUUUUUUUCCGUGCUGAUUGGUGACUUGUUUCUCCCCAGCCUUUUGUUUAAGCAGUGUGGUGUUAAUACUUGUAGAAGAACCAACUGCUGUCUCCUUGGUCCUGUCUCCCCAUCCCGUAUUUCAGCGUAUUUUCUCCCAGCCCCUUUCAAUAGAUUAGUUCCUAGAGAAUGGGCUGCUGGCAAGGAGGUGUGUUUUACCUGUUUACCUGUUCAUGCUGAUGUCCCUAUUUAAAUUUUUGAAAAAAAUAAACCCAGAGAAGUAAGGGGAAAGAGAUUGCCUGUGGCUUCUCCUAAUUCCUGACAAGUAAAUGAAGUUUUGACAGAAGCCAAAGCUAUGAAAGCAGGCCAUGGAGAACUCUCAUUACCCACUGGACUCCUGCAUGCAAUGCUGAUUGAUGCUAAGGCUACUGACUGCUAGCAUGAUGUGGAAAGCUGCAGAAGCCUGUCGUAUAUUAGGGAAAUACAGUUAAAAUGUUUCUUGAAAAAUCCCUUAUUGCUCAAGCUUUUGAUCUUUAUCGGUGUUAACAAUAGCUGGAACUCCAUGGCACCCCGACUGCUGCUCAGGUAAGCGACGCUCCACAUAAGGAGCUCCAAACUCCACUUGUAAAGUACAUAGACUGCUCUCAGCACUGCUAACAGAGGUGGAGCUGAAGUGAUGUUGGCAGCUGCGCCGGAGUGCGCCAGGGCUGAGCUGCGGUCAGCGCGAUGUCGUGACAGGGUGCGCGACAGCGUCCCCGGCGCCCCGGCUGACCAGCACCUGCCAGUGCCACUGCUGCUGGUGAAGCUGAAAUGGCAACAGCACCGAGGGCAAGUGUUUAUAACGUUCCUGUACAGAAGCUGAUAGUUGUAGCUUAGGCUUUGAGGUUUUUUUUUAAAGAAUUUUUCUUUUGGCUUUUUCCCCAGACUGAUUCUGGAACUGUGUCAGAAUCUGCCAAGAGCUUGUUCCAGUCCCAAGUGAACCAAGUAGUUCAAGUGUUUUUUACAUAAUAGCAGAUGGGAAAUUGAAAAACUCUCCAUGUUUGUCUGUGUACACCUUGAAUUUGAUCACCAGCGUCCAUAAGUGUCUGCCUCCACUACUUUGAGGAAGGUGUUGUACAGGGUCAGAAGGUGUCUAGGACAGCCAUGCAUCCCCACUGGAGUAGUAAUGCACUGAAGUAUUGUUAAAUAUACUGAAAAUAAAGUUUAACAGACAUAUAGUUGUCUGUUUGACAAGAAGUGUUAGUGUUAUUCACAACACUUGAAAGUUAUGCUUGUGAGAGUAGUGGGCAACAUAUCUAUUGCAAAAUACUAUUUUAGAAUGAUUUUUAAAGUACCUGAAAAGACUGAUUACUUAUACAGCCUUUGUAUCAUGGCUACUGUUGGUUAUCCAUGUACUUGUCAGAAGGAAGAGAAUAGUUGCUAGAGAUACCAUUUUCUCAGAAAAGGAGAUAGUGACAUGAGAAAUUCAUAAAACACUUAAUUCUCUGAGGCUUUGAGUUUGUAUUGUGCUUUGUCAGUGAUUGUCUUCACUGCACAUUUUAAGGAUGUAGAGCAAAAGGUUGGAUUUUCUGUGGUCUUUGAUUUGAAUAGACUUCAGGAGAGAUUUGUUCAUUGUGAAAGGUCCGUGUGUGGUGAUAGGAGUUGGGUGGAAAUAUGGGAGGAAAGGUAUCUGUACUGUCUUAUUUGGGAGAUGUGGAUGGGCAGCCACAGGUAGGUUCAGCAGAGCUGCAUUGUGUGACCACACUGUACUGCAUUUGCAUGGGCCUGAUUAAAUAUUCUUACAGUUUCUGGGAGGCUUAUCUUGUGGUCCUAAGUUCUUACAUUAAAUGAAGCAACUCAAGGGAAUUUCUCGCCAUGUAAUGGCAUAGAAUCUUGCAUGCCCUUUCCCUAUCUGUGACUGUUGGUCUUCAAGAUGCUAAUUGUAGGUGAGUCUGUCUUUGCUCAGCCCCUUUUUCUGUGCUUCAGGGCUAGAGGUAGUUGUGGGCAAUAACCUACUCAUUUAGAAUUUAACAGAGAGGUGCUUGCACACCACAUGUGCAGGAGAAGGUAUUUUCCCUGAGGAGGUUGCAAUGCUGCCUGGUGGAGAUUGUGUAGCCCCACAUUCAUGUCACUUAAACUUAUUUUGCUACAAGCCCUUGAUUGUUCUGUUUAUUGAGAGUAAUUUCUGGUGUAAAACUGUGACGAGAGAGAUAAUGCUGUGCAGACUUUGGAAUAGUGGUGAUUUCUCUGAUGUGGUAAGACAAUUCUCUGGGAGACUGUGAGAACUUUGUGUAUCAUUUUUUUGUUGUUAUGACAUAAACGUAGGAACACUAUUUCAGGAUAAGGUAGGACCAUCUAGAAACUGAUGACUGGCUGUGAGUUGCUGUCUAAUCAUCUUAGAUGAACAACUAAUCUACCCUUAGGUAUCCAGGUUACCUAUCUGAAGGUACCUGAGGUAUUUUCUGCCCUUGUUUAAGAAAAAGGGCAGAGGGACCUGGCAGAAGAUGGGCACAAAUGUAUUUCAAUAAGCGUAAGUCUAUCCAUGCUUUGCCAUCAGUCAGCACGGCCUCUUGUGCCAAUGCCAGUGAGAGCAUGGACACAUGGUUGGAUGAAACAGGAAAGUUGUCUCAUGAAUAUUAUUCAUAUCUUAUCUGAAGGUCAUUUUCAGCUGUAUCACAAGUGCUGGAAGGGUAGAGUUAGAUAGGCUUAAGCUGCUUUCCUGGAUCCAGUACAGAGCUGGUGUGCAGAAGGUAAGGUUGCAUUUUUGACACACCUAUUUGAAUGCUGAUGGGUUCCAUCCUAGUAGUGUGACAGGCAUGUGCUUUAUCCUUCCUGAGAAAGGAUGAGGAAGACAGCUUUUGCUAGGAGGCAGAUUUAAAGGUAUAUUUAAUAGCUCUUGGUAGGGAGUCCUAUCUAGAAAUUUGGACUGCUGCAAGGGAUUGAAGUGUCUUGUGUCCCUGUAUCCUCAAGUGUCAUAGAAAGAUGUAUGGGGUGUAGAAUAUUCAUGACAUUUUAUCUAUUUGCUUUUACAUGAUCUUAAGGAAGUCUGACAGCUCAAUAAAAGCUUUGAAUAACACUUCCUGUGUCCUCCUUGUUUCCCAGUCACUCUCCUUAUCAAUGAGGUGUGUAAUCAAGUACAUUAUUAAACAGCAGCUUAUUAAAAAGUAACGUGCAGCUCAGCUGCAAAUGUGUAAAAUAAGCAAAUGCUCAACAAAACUGGUAAGUGCAGCACGUGAUGAAAACCAUUGGUAGCUCUUGGGUGUAGUGGAGUCACCUCUUGCCAGUGGAGCUAUUCUCCCAAUCAUGUGGCUGAAUGAGGGUCGGAGAAAUUGGAGGUGCCCUUCCCAGUAAAAAUGUGCUGAAGGAGCACGUGGGCUGAUUCAUUGCCUUGCCCCACCUCUCAGGUCACACAGGGAAUCCACUGGUGGAUGCACUUGCAGAAGUUUGCUUCCUGGUGGUUGUCAGGAUCAGUGGUUGCUCAAAUACCUCCUGCGGCUGCUGUUCUUGGUCCCUCCUAAAGCUUCUGUUGUUCUCAGAGCAGUCUCUUAUUCCGCUCUCUCCUUUCUUACCCACUCCACUGUCACAGGUACAAUUCAGGGUGCAGGCUCAGCUUCCAUUCAAAGUUAUCGUUUGUUUUCUGUAGCAGCACGUCUCCAGCCUCUUUUCUCUUUCCAUACUGAUUUUGAGCACUCACCAUGCUCAGUCCAGCACAGACUGACAGUCUCAGAAAGGCCAUGGGGAAAAUAGCAGUGUGCUCUUUCUUGUAUGCCGAGAAAGGUUUCUUGCCUUUAAUGCUUCAUGUCACAGUCAGGCCACAAGUCUGAUACUUUUAUCUACUUGGUAUGCCUUUAUUUCAUCUCUCCACAUUCUCCUUCUCAAAGAGGGAAAAAAGACUGAAGUGAAUCAGUGAUAACUGCAGCUGUUCCUGCUGGAAUAGCCAUAAUGCUGUACACCUCCAAGUACUUGACCACUUGUCACUAUCAAGCUUCUUCAGCUUAAGGCCAUAAAUUAGGAAUUAGCUAGUUUGAUUUUUUUUUUUUAAACCUAUUUGCAAUACAGUAAUAUGGUGGCUGGUUUGUUGAAGUAUAGGGGUGGUCAAAAUAUAUAACUGAAAGGUGAACUAGGAUGUGUAUUUGCAUCUUGUUAGUUAGUUACUCUGUGGUAGCUGCUUUGUAUGCAUGCUCUCAGCCUUUUGCUCUUAAAUUCACUGUGAAGCAAACUGCCUUGUGCUGACAGGGCUAAGCCCGUGCAGGUGAGCAGCAGAGAUGGGACACUAGGGAAUGGAAUUACAGUGCAGUAACUGGCUAGCCUAAAAGAUGGAUGGUGCCCCUCUUGCAGUUCUGAGCUAUGGUCUGCAAGGCUGUCCUUCCCUGCCAAACUGGGAUUGAAUGUUUCAAGGAAUAGAGCUCUGAGCGAUGUUUGUGAUAGAUUCUCUCCAUCCUGACGUGUGCUGGUGUUCACAUGGUUUCCUCUUCAAGAGAAAAGGUGAUUUCUGUCCCUGCUUUGAUAGAGGUGUGUCAGUAUUGGCACUGGCAGGGCUUAGCAUGUAUUGUUUUGUUGGGUGGGGUGGGGGAAAGGGGAGAGGAGAUACAACUGAGUAAUUGGAUUCAGGAAUGAUUGUGCUGCUGUGGUGAGUUUUACUGGGUGAAGCAGCUUGUUGUGAUAGGUGUUUGUUUCAGCUUCUGUCUGCAGGUGUGACUUAGCUAGAUAAGGAUGGUCUAUCACGUUGAUGAUUUCAUUGUUUGAUUUGGCUGGACUGGGUGGAGAAUGUAGCUGCAUUGUUUGGGACUAGCUUUGUAGUUUGGUUUUGUGAAGUGGAUGACAUGGCAGCACAUUGCUACAUUAUUAAGGUGAAGCUACAGUAGAUAAUAGUUGGAGAAUGUUGGAGGGAAGAGAAUAUGCACAGACUUUCACAACGCAUAACUAAUUAGCUUCCAGCUCCUGUGUUUCUGUUGGGAGAUGUGGUCAGCAGAAUGCAUUGGAAUUACACAGAAACAUUUUGGUAGUGAUUUCAGUUUGCAGUUGUACUUUAACUGCAAGGCUGUCCAUGCUGUGUAAAUAGCUGAGAGUGCUCUGAGAUACCAUGCUGGCCCUGACAGUGUGAGUGUUGUCUAGAUUCAUACUGUUCUUGCAGCCUCUACAGUUUUCACAGUGGGUGAGGGAGAAGCUGGCAGGCCACUGCUCUUUUUUUUUUUUUUCACUAACCUCAGAUUUACCAGUAAGCCGCUCUUCAGAGCCUGCAUUUCCUUGUAUCACCGAACUUUCAGGCACUUAAACUUGCUUUGGAUUCCCAUCAUCCUGUAGGGUAUGCAGUGAUUUGAAGUAGGAGCUGCCAGAGCAGUAGAUAGUGCUUCCUCCUUCUAAAACCUGCCUGGUUUUCCCCUAGAUGUGAUUGCCUGGCUUUGCCUGAUACUUGAUGUUUCUGUUUAUACAUUGUCUGGCUGUGGAGGAGGUUGCCUAUAUGAAGCACAAGGGUUUGGCAGGAGUUGCUGGCCACAUUGUGAGGGGAAGGUGAGCCUUUGAAGAGACAUGGGUGCAGAGAAGGGAAGGUGACAUGUCCAAGCUCUGUGCCAGCUUCUCUAAGCAAAGAUGAGCUCAUGGAAAUCUAGCUGGCUAAACAUGGGAGUGCUAAAGCAGGUCUGCCCUAUUUCCCCUCCAUGGGCAGCAUGGAUCUUCAGUCUUCCAGUCUGGUGGUAGAUUCUUGGGUGCUGGUAAAUGUUUCCAGGCUGAGCAGAGACUUCCCCUUGUUGGUGAUUCAGAGCAACUUUUGAUUUCUCUGCUUCUGGGGUUGAAUGCAUGGAAGGGAUGCACGGCUUGGCUGUGAGUUCUUGUUGGUGAAACUUUUCCUCUCCUUUUUCCAGGUGACUGUUUUUUGUGAGACAAGUGGUUUGCAACUCAUGGCCUCCACGAUGAGUACUGCAGUGUCGUGACACCAGGGGUCUUGUGUGCCCUGGAGAUGCGAGACUUCCCCUGGGCAGCAGGAGGCACGCAUCUAGAGAAUGCUGGAGCUGCAGGAGGGAAGUGCCCAGUGCAAAAGCAGCGAGGAGCAAAGAGAAAAAAGGCAAGCAGGCAGCCAGCACUGAGAGAAGCGGGUGGCAGAAAGUGCUUCGGCGCUGCCUCUGGCAGCACGCUCCCCAGAGGAACUUGACGAGAGCCCAUCUGCGUGUGUGUGAGACUGUGAGCUCAGGAUUUCUGUCAAUGCAUUCCAGUAACCCCAAAGUGAGGAACUCCCCGUCAGGCAACACACAGAGCCCCAAAUCAAAGCAGGAGGUGAUGGUCCGUCCCCCUACAGUGAUGUCCCCGUCUGGCAACCCUCAGCUGGAUUCCAAAUUUUCCAACCAAGGCAAACAAGGGGGCUCCACCAGCCAAUCCCAGCCCUCUCCCUGUGACCCCAAAAGUGGAGGUCACACCCCUAAAGUGCUCCCGGGCCCGGGUGGGAGUAUGGGGCUGAAGAAUGGGGCUGGAAAUGGUGCCAAGGGGAAGGGGAAGAGAGAGAGGAGCAUUUCGGCAGACUCCUUUGAACAGAGGGAAGCUGGGACUCCUAAUGAUGACCCGGAAAUCAAAGACUGCAAUUCUGCUGAUCAUGUAAAGUCCCAGGAGUCUCAGCACACACCACACUCCAUGACUCCUUCAAAUGCUUCAGCCCCAAGGUCUUCCACACCUUCCCAUGGUUUGACUGCCACUUUGGAGCCAGCAAGUGGGCAGAAGACUCCAUCCAAAGUGGUUUACGUCUUUUCUACUGAGAUGGCCAACAAGGCUGCAGAAGCUGUGCUGAAGGGACAGGUGGAAACCAUCGUGUCCUUUCAUAUCCAGAACAUCUCAAACAGCAAGGCGGAACGAAACACUGUACCCUUGAACCCCCAGAUCACUGCACUUCGGACUGAACCCAAGCCCCUGCCGCAGCCCCAGCCCCCUGCUGCCCAGGACCAGAACCCUCCGCAGAACGCCAAAAUGCAGCCGACUCCACCCGUGUCAGCGCCAGUAUCCAAACCCACUGGCCCCCCAUGUCCCAUAGAUCAGGACAGUCCCAGUGUGGAAAGCAAAGUGAUGUCUGUGGGCAGCCCUGCUAACUCUACCCCGUUGCAGACAGAAGGAUUUGGGCAGAGUUCAACCCCUAAUAAUCGAGCAGUUAGCCCAGUUUCCCAAGGUAGCAAUAGCUCUGCUGCGGAUCCCAAAGGUCCUCCCCAGCAGGGGUCUGGUGGGGACCCAUCCAGUUUGGGUGAGAAUCCCGAUGGACUGUCACAGGAGCAGCUGGAGCACCGAGAGCGCUCGUUGCAGACCCUGAGAGACAUCCAGCGCAUGCUCUUCCCUGAUGAAAAGGAGUUUGCGGGAGGGCAAAGUGGGGGGCCACCCCCAAAUGCUGGGGUGCUGGAUGGUCCCCAAAAGAAACCUGAAGGGCCGAUACAGGCUAUGAUGGCUCAAUCCCAAAGUUUAGGCAAAGGGUCGGGGUCUCGGACAGAUGGAGGAGCUCCAUUUGGCCCUCAAGGACACAGGGACAUGCCUUUUUCCCCAGAUGAAAUGGGGCCACCACCAAUGAACUCCCAGUCAGGAGCCAUAGGCCCAGACCACCUGGACCAUAUGACUCCUGAGCAAGUGGCCUGGCUCAAGCUGCAGCAGGAGUUUUACGAGGAGAAGAGAAGGAAGCAAGAGCAGGUGGUGGUGCAGCAGUGUUCUCUGCAGGACAUGAUGGUCCACCAGCACGGGCCUCGUGGGGUGGUCCGAGGUCCUCCCCCUCCCUACCAGAUGACCCCUGGUGAGGGCUGGGGACCUGGGGGUCCAGAGCCCUUCCCUGAAGGCAUGAACAUGUCCCACUCUCUGCCCCCCAGGGGCAUGGCCCCUCAUCCCAACGUGCCCGGGAGCCAGAUGCGCCUGCCUGGUUUUGCAGGAAUGAUGAACCCUGACAUGGAAGGCCCCAAUAUCCCGAAUCCCGCCUCACGGCCUGGGCUUUCAGGAGUUAGUUGGCCAGAUGAUGUGCCAAAAAUCCCAGAUGGCCGAAACUUCCCUCCUGGUCAGGGUGUCUUCAGCGGCCCUGGCCGAGGGGAGCGGUUCCCCAAUCCGCAGGGCCUGCCUGAAGAGCUCUAUCAGCAGCAGCUGGCUGAGAAACAGAUGGGCCUCCCUCCUGGUCUGAACAUGGAAGGCAUCAGGCCUGGCAUGGAGAUCAACAGAAUGAUGCCCUCCCAGAGACACAUGGAGCCUGGCAACAACCCCAUCUUCCCUCGCAUGCCAGUAGAAGGACCGAUGAGUCCCUCUAGGGGGGACUUCCCGAAAGGAAUACCCCCACAAAUGGCUUCUAGCAGGGAGCUGGAGUUUGGGAUGGGCCCUGGUAGCAUGAAGGGGGACAUGGGCAUGAAUGUCAGCAUGGGCUCCAACCCACCCCUGGUCCCUCAGAAGCUGAGGGAGGCAGGAGUCGGGCCGGAAGAGAUGAUGAAGCUGCGGCCUGGUGUCUCGGAGAUGCUCUCCUCUCAGCAGAAAAUGGUGCCGCUGCCGUUUGGGGAGCACCCACAGCAGGAGUAUGGCAUGGGUCCCAGGCCUUUCCUUCCCAUGUCUCAGGGCCCAGGAGUCGGUCUCCGGAAUCUCAGAGAACAGAUGGGGCCUGACCAAAGGACUAACAACCGGCUCAGCCACAUGCCGCCACUACCUCUCAAUCCCACCAGUAACCCGAAUAGCCUCAACACUGCUCCCCCUGCGCAGCGCAGCCUCGGCCGCAAGCCCUUGGAUAUCUCUGCAGCUGGUCAGGUGCAUUCGCCUGGAAUCAACCCCCUGAAGUCGCCCACGAUGCGCCAAGUGCAGUCUCCCAUGAUGGGGUCUCCCUCGGGGAACCUCAAGUCCCCUCAGACGCCCUCCCAGCUGGCAGGAAUGCUCGCGGGCCCCACUGCCGCAGCUGCUGCUGCCUCCAUUAAAUCCCCCCCUGUCUUGGGGUCUGCUGCUGCUUCUCCUGUCCACCUCAAGUCUCCGUCUCUCCCUGCACCUUCUCCUGGAUGGACUUCAUCUCCAAAGCCUCCUUUGCAGAGCCCCGGGAUUCCCCCGAACCAUAAGGCGUCUCUAACCAUGUCUUCUCCAGCCAUGCUGGGGAACGUGGAGUCGGGUGGUCCACCUCCUUCCACAGCCAGCCAGUCUGCUCCUGUGACUCUCCCUGGAAAUCUUCCCUCUAGCAGUCCUUACACAAUGCCUCCAGAGCCAACCCUCUCGCAGAAUCCCCUCUCUAUUAUGAUGUCCAGGAUGUCCAAAUUUGCCAUGCCCAGCUCUACACCGCUCUAUCAUGAUGCCAUCAAAACUGUGGCCAGCUCGGAUGACGACUCCCCUCCAGCACGCUCCCCAAACUUGCCACCUAUGAACAGUGUACCAGGAAUGGGCAUUAAUUCUCAGAAUCCUCGAAUUUCAGGUCCAAACCCAGUGGGUCCAAUGCCAACCCUUAGCCCAAUGGGAAUGACCCAGCCUCUUUCCCAUAACAACCAGAUGCCCUCUCCAAAUGCUAUGGGACCCAAUAUACCUCCUCACGGGGUCCCUGUGGGACCCGGCCUGAUGUCACACAACCCAAUGAUGGGGCAUGGUUCCCAGGAGUCUCCAAUGGUACCUCAAGGACGCCUGGGCUUCCCGCAGGGGUUCCCUCCCGUACAGUCUCCUCCACAGCAGGUGCCAUUUCCACACAAUGGGCCCAGUGGUGGACAAGGCAACUUCCCAGCGGGAAUGGGCUUCCACGGAGAAGGACCUCUGGGGCGUCCUACCAACCUGCCCCAAAGUUCGACAGAUCCAGCACUUUGCAAGACUGGAGGCCCUGGCGGUCCAGACUCCUUCACUGUUCUCGGAAACAACAUGCCUUCGGUUUUCACUGAUCCAGAGCUGCAGGAGGUGAUCCGUCCUGGAGCCACGGGAAUACCCGAGUUUGACCUGUCCAGGAUUAUCCCGUCGGAGAAGCCCAGCCAGACACUACAGUAUUUCCCUCGUGGGGAGGUGCCGGGCCGCAAGCAGCCGCAGGGCCCUGGGCCUGGCUUCUCCCACAUGCAGGGGAUGAUCGGAGAGCAGACCCCGAGGAUGGGACUAACAUUGCCCGGCAUGGGGGGCCCUGGGCCGGUGGGAACUCCGGAUAUCCCCCUGGGCACGGCUCCGUCCAUGCCCGGUCACAACCCGAUGAGGCCGCCGGCCUUCCUGCAGCAGGGCAUGAUGGGGCCGCACCACCGCAUGAUGUCACCAGCACAGCCCGCCAUGCCUGGCCAGCCCGCGCUCAUGAGCAACCCCGUGGCCGCCGUGGGCAUGAUCCCGGGCAAGGACCGAGCCCCCGCCGGGCUCUACAGCCACCCGGGCCCCGUGGGGUCACCUGGCAUGAUGAUGUCCAUGCAGGGCAUGAUGGGACCCCAACAAAACAUCAUGAUUCCCCCCCAGAUGAGGCCUCGAGGUAUGGCUGCUGAUGUUGGCAUGGGAGGAUUUAGCCAAGGCCCUGGAAACCCAGGGAACAUGAUGUUUUAAGCUGCUACCAUAAGACUGGAUGUUCUGAUCCUUGUCAAGAUGAGAUUCCAAGUCCUGAGGGCUUUUUUGGGAGCUUCAGGAGUACAGUUUGGCCAUGCAAUAGGUGAAAAGAGACCAGAGGACACUUUGGGAAAUCUCGAAUGUAUGGAAUUACCUGAAAAAAAAAAUAUUCAUUUUAACAGGUUGUUUUUUUUUUAAGAUUUAUUUUUUAAAAAUUAUUUUUGUGGACUUGGGUAUCCCGUGACGGCACCUGCUUUGAGAAUCUGUAGCUGUAUUUUGAGAAUUGCCAUUUGUCACAAGUUGCACCAUUCUCUGUAUGUUUACGUCCUUCGGACUGGCUUCUCCCAGGACUCUCGGUUAUUUUUGGGGUUUUUUGUGUACUGUACUAUAUUGUAAAAGGGAUUUUAGCAGAGACUUUAGUCUUUGGGGUGAGAGGAGAAUGGGAUUCUAGGCUGUUUACUUUAGGUGGAGAAUCCAUCUUCAGAACUUCGGACUAUUUUCCUUCAACUCCAAUGUAUAGAAAAACCAAACUACGACCUCAGAGCAGAGUAUUAAUGAAAAGCACAAAAAGGAACUUAAGUUCAGUGAGGGGAAUCUUUUAAAAGAAAUAAAUAAUAAGUUAAGGACAUAUUUUUCAAAUUAUGGAGUGCUGUCCAGCACCUUCUGUCUCUCCCUCCCACUCUUUAUUAAAUAGGCUUCUCUCUCUCUCCAUCCCCUUCUGUCUCCUCCUAUGGCAGCUGCAAUACAUUGUGUUAUUUUGAGGAGUAAAUCUAGGAGAGCCUCUCCUCACGUGGGGACUCUUCCCACUUUUAGGAAGGGGCUGGACUUGGACACUGUUACAUCCUACAGUAGUCUCUCUCACUGUUUCCUAUUCUCCUUUUCUUAGAAACCCCAAGUGAUUUUAUUAAUGUGGGAGUGGAACAGACACUAAAAGUUAUCCAGGAUUUUUUUUUGUGGUUAUUUUUUUUUCCUCCCCAGCGUAAAACGUUCUGUGUAACCUCCAUUAAAUUUGGUACAAAACCACUCGCCAGGGCUGUGGUGUCAGAAAAAUAAAAUAUAUUGUUUCUUACAAAAA